ACUUUGUAGUUCGUAGAUGAGCAUGGACUAUUGGGUAAUAUGGACUAUAUGAAGUGUCGAGGUUACCCUUAUCCUUUGUCGUCCUCGUCGUCGUCUUCUAUCCAACCAAAGCUACCGACCUGAAAACCAUGUUCUCGAAACUCUCCAUUUCGUCUUUUGGAUCACUUUUCAAUGUUUCUCCCUUUCACCGCCCUCCUUCCUUUCUUCAUCCUGUGUAUCGAGAUAACGACAAUAUGGGAGAAGAGUCUGUGGCAUUGAUGGGUUCCCCAUCACCUACAUUUGGGUUUCCUUCAAGCCUUCAAAUGUUCAUAUGGGUUUUCAUAAUUAUUACAAUUGAAGUAUUGAAUUCCAUUCGAUUCGAUUGAUAUGUUUUUGAAUUAGUUGCAGAAUUUUUUCUUGGUAAUGAUUACAGAGUUCAAAUUUACUUCAUUUUAAUGAAAAUUUUCUCAAUCUCAUAAAACAUGGACAUCUGAGCAGAUACAGUCUUUCAAUUCUCCAAAACCCUAGAACAGAGUACAAUACAAUAUAAAAGGUGAUCCAGAGCUAGAAGCAAACUACAAAGUCUAGAAAGAGCGGCAAAACCUACCAGUCUUCAUCAGUCAAACCUACCAGUCUCUUUCCUUCUCAUUAAUCAUUAUCAUAUUACAUUAUACGAUUGUAUUACAUGGAGAAUGGAUUGGAACAGACUCCUUUUUUAUCUUCUUUCUUUGAGUAACCAUCUUCUUCUUUUUCAUCCAGUUCCUUUUCGUUCCUCCAGUCUAAUACCCUUCUCCUCUGAUCUCCGAUCUUUGGGUCUCGAUCGCCAGCACUCGUCGAUCCAUUCACAUGGCUAGAACGGGCAACAAACAGAUAAAUGCAAAGCUGGGUGAUCCUGGGAGAUUAUGUUAUUUUCUGAUAAGUUUACUCGUUCUUCGAUUCUCCAGAUAUCAUUUUCGCCUUCUACCCAUUGCACAUCAUGGAUUACCAACUGGGUUAUUGUUUGGUAUCAUGAAAUACAUUAUCAUUAUCCAAGAUUUAUACAAGAUUUGGGUUCUUCUUGGAGAUAUGGGAACAGGAAAAACCAGUUUGGUGUUGAGAUUUGUCAAAGGCCAAUUUUUUGAUUUCCAGCUGCUGCAGGAGUCAACCAUCGGGGCAGCCUUUUUCACUCAGGUAUUAUCAUUAAAUGAAGCCACCCUGAAAUUUGAUAUAUGGGACACAGCAGGGCAAGAACGAUAUCAUAGCUUGGCUCCUAUGUACUAUCGUGGUGCUGCUGCUGCUGUUGUGGUUUAUGACAUCACAAGCACAGAUUCAUUUGUUAAAGCCAAAAAAUGGGUUCAAGAACUGCAAAGACAAGGGAAUUCAAAUUUGGUAAUGGUAUUGGUUGCAAACAAGGCUGACUUGGUAUCUAAAAGACAGGUGGAAAAUGAGGAAGGAGAGCAAUAUGCCCAAGAGAAUGGGAUGUUUUUCAUAGAAACAUCUGCAAAAACUGCACAAAAUGUAAAUGAGCUCUUCUAUGAAAUAGCAAAGCGAUUGGCAAAAGUUUUCCCUUCACGUCCUACUGGGAUGAAUCUGCACAAUGUAAGACAAGAAAGGAGGAGAGGUUUUUUUUGUUGCUUGGGGUGACAGCGACAAGGUGAAGACGUUCGAUGUGGGUCUUCACUAAUCUGAAGCACUCUCUCUAUAUUUUUGUACAUGUAAAUACAAGCUAAUUUAUUUGAUUUCCAAAUAAUGUAAGAUAUUAUUUAUUUUAUGUAUGUCAUAGUUCUUAUGAUGACUACACUAAGUAAUCUGGCUACUCAAGUCUAGGCUUGCAUUUGGGUAUAUGUAAUUCAUGUACUGAAAUGUUGAUAUUAAAAGUCUACUUAUAAGAUCA